GUUGGCUUGCAGGCAUGGCCACUCCGCAAGCCAUCCUCGGCACAGAUGUGCAACCACAACAGACUUCAUCUGCGACACUUAUUCAUGAUAUCACAUCAAAUGGCGCUUCCCAGCCUUUCAUUCACCGUGAAAUCCAAUUACGGUCACGACCAUCCACCGCCACCUCGAAUAACAAUCACACUACUGGACAAUCUGCCCCUAUAGGGGCGGUGUCUAGCUCUAUACAUCAUGGUGCUAACUUGAUCCUAGAUCUAAUUAGGACUGAAAGACAACAGGUUUUGAGUGACGCCGAGCGACAGAUAGGACAUCUUCAGCAGCAAUAUAACGAACAUCGCUCAUUAUAUUCGAAAGAGUUUAUAGAAGAAUCAAUCAAGCGACGUGAUGCUGAGCACAUAGCUUCAUUCCUCUCAACUGAACGGGAGAGAUAUACAAAGGAAGUGACUGAAGCACACAAUGUCGCUCUCCUGGCCAGAGCAGACGUAAUUGCGGCGCAGAGCACCGCAUCUGAAGCCGCAAGAGCAGCAGACGCCGCGGGUAUUCACCUCAUGGCGGUUCAGGAUGCGCUUCAGCAGGUUGGCAUUACCAUCAGUCAAGACGACUCUGACACUUCCAACAAGCCGAAGAUAAUCCUAGGCACGCCAUGGUUGGAACUCAUCCCAUCCAAAAUCCAUAGCUCAGAUACGCCACUCCCCGACCCCUCCAAUACCCCCGACGGCAAGCCAAGUUUUUCCCCUCCUAUCCAGCACCUCCUCAGCUCGCCAUCGAAUUUUGUCGUAGUUCUCAAAGAACAAAUUAAGUACCUCAGCGAUAAUUUAUCCGCCACUCAAAACAGCUACGCAAGUCUUGUCUCCCAACGCAAUCAGCUCCAGAGCGACCUGCGUAAUCUGGGCUAUGAUCGAAACCAGCUCGAAAGCUCGAAGAGGGAAACGGAAGACAACGCGAAGAAGCUCGACCAAAGACAAUCCGAAAUCACGAAACUGGAAAAUAAGAUAUUAUGGUUGAAAGCAGAGCGAGAUGACGCAGUGAAGGCCAAAUUUACUGCCCUCGACGAGAUGAAGAGAACCAUGGCAGAGAGUGCGAUCACUCUUAAAUCCACGUUUGAUCAGCUCUCACAAGAUCAACAACGUCAAGCCGAGGCGAAUGCAGAGAAGGACCGGCAAGCACUGGAGAGCUCUCUUGAAGCUAAAACCGCGCAAGUUCGUGAACUACAGAGCCAGCUCGCACACAUCAAGGCCGUCGCGAAUGAAUGGAAGGGUAAAUCAGAUGCAGUCGCAAAGGAGCGUGACUCUCAGAAGCAGCUCCAGGUCGCCGAAUUGCAGAAAUACAAAGAAACAAGUUCGCUCCGAAAGGCACAGAUAGACGACUUGCAGAAACGACUGGAAGCCAGUGUCUCCGAGGAUGUUUUUAAGGCCAACGUAUCACGAAUAGGGGAACUCGAAAAGGAGCUGACCUCGCUCCGGGAACGCCACGCUAAAUCGAGCCAGGAAAAAGAUGAAGCCGUUGCUUUGGUCAAGUCUCGCAAUACACAAAUAAAAGAGUUGCAGGACAUGCUCGCGGCAUCUUCAAAUCGUAAAUUAACGACGGAGUCUGCGCCGAAGAAUCAUUCAGAGGGCAGUUGCGAAGGGAAGAAAGCUCGUGCAUCAAAAUCAUCGACGCCUUCGGAUCAAACCCAGUUCAAAACGCCUGGAACGCACCCCGCAUCGACAGUCGAUCGGCGAUCUAAACAGAUCCCCGGCCCCAAGAAAAUAGAGAAGCAGAAGUCCAAGUCCUCCUCAAGCACUGUAUUACCGGGUUCCUCUGCCGAACGCCCGAUGGAGAUCGACUCGGCGUCAUCGACUGACGUAGAAAUCAUAUCAGGACCUAUGCCAAUCACAUCGCGGGUUGCUACUGCAAAGCAAAAGUCACUGCGCACUGUGUUGAACAAAGCGCCUACAGGUGCUAGCACUAUCGAGAUAGUUGACUCUGUUCCUGCAGAGAAGACCAAUCUCAAGCGUACCUCGGACACGACCGAUACUUCCACACCUGCUACAAAGCGGCCCAGACUCUUUCUUGACUCAUCUCCCAGCUAUGUGAAAGAUAGAGUCACGUCUGCUGCAUCCAACUCACCGGUUGUGACUCCCUCGGGGUCGAGAUCGGCGACAUCUUCACCAAUCAUCGCGAACCCUGCCUUCAACUUCAAAUUUCGAAAACAUUCUGCACAAGCGAGUAGAUCAGUUUCCUCGGGCGGUGCGACAUCGUCAAAGAAAACUUUGGCUAACUCGCCAACUUCGUGUAUACCUCAGAGCGCGAGUCCAUCCGACGCCGCUUCUGCAGGCGUUAGCGAUGCCAUGGAGGAUGACGCGCAUCAUAGAUCAGGUAGCAUAGGCUUGGAGACUCAGCUCGCAGCCGAGAGCACGGUUGGGGCAAAACCCCGAGCCCGGUUUCUACGACCCGGGCAGGGUAACCUCGCCGCAUCGACAGCCUGCGAGACCACAAACUCCAAGAAACAGGCUGAAUUCAGAAACUUCAACCUCAGUAAUGUUCCUGUAAAGGAGCAACCCUCUGGGUCAUCGACCUGCUCAACAGCUACAAGCGCGGAGCAGCCGCGAAGCGCACAAGCAGCCACAUCCGCCACCCCUAACAGAGAAGCCUCAUCAUCGUCCUCUGGGAAAGGCAGGCCGUCUUUGCUGCGCCAAUUUAGCAGCAAGGAUGACCUCUCAACACCUCUAUCCAACACUCUUCUGUCUUCGUCCCCCUCAACUAGGUCUGGGAGUGCGGUUUCACGAGGCCAAUCCACUUCAUCACGCAACUCUAUGUUAAAGGCCAAUCCACCAGCAGGAACCAAGCCUAAGCCUGUCCCUAAGCAUAUCCAUAAAGGCCCGAGGUCGUCAAUGGCUAUGAUACAAGUGACUCUAGACCCCUCCUCCAAUGCACCUGGGGACACAAAGUCGAUGCCGGCGACUAAAUCGUCAGGAAAGGUACCCCAAGGACCCAGAGCAACAACUGGCGUGCCCAAUACUGGAGAUCUCAAGAAAGGCACCUAAAAUUCUCUCCGUUCCAUUAUUUUGUAUGAUUAACCGAGCCCUUGUUCUUCAAUGUCCUGCCACCGUAAAGUAUCCCUUGUAUAUUUGUCUUACUCCCGUCUAAUACUUCUUGUACGCGUU